AUGUAUACCAGAAAGAGUAGUCUAGAAAUUCAUGGAGUCCCAGAAAGAAGGACCGAAGACUUAGAUGACGUUGUAAUAAAAGUAGCUGAAUACGCGGGGGUGGAGAUAGAAGAAGACGAUAUUGAUAUUGUACAUCGCCUCCCUUUUAAGUUAAAUGGCAUAAGGCCCAUACUAGUGAAGUUUCAAAGCCACAAAGUGAAAUCCCAACUCUACUUUGCGCGUCGCAAACUAAAGGGCACAGUAUGGGACAGUGAGCUCCUAGACGGUGCAGAUCAGAUCUAUAUCAACGAGAACCUGACAGCGCCAAAGAGAAAAUUGUUCGCAGAAACGCGGAAGAGAGCAAGACUAAACAAGUGGUACAAUGUGUGGACUGUAGAUGGGAAGAUCUUUAUUAGUAAAGAGAAGGGUGACCGUGCAAUCAAGAUAAGUUGUUAUUCAGACCUAGAAAACACUUUUAUAUAAUAUUUCUCUUCUCAUUUAUUUCAUAAAUGAUUUACAUAACCUAUGGACUUUCUUUAUACUAAA